GUUGACUUUACUGCCCCUUUAAUUUGAGCUGUUUUAUGUGGGUAGAAAGAUUCAUGUAAAAAUGAUCAGUAUGUUUAGUACCUGGCAGUGCUAUGCUAUGUGUAUGUUCAUUAACUCUAUAAAAUCAUAACCACCAUUUGAUGUUUUUUCUCAUCAGGAUAAAAGAUGAAUCAUUUAGUACUCAUCUGUCUUGCAGGAGCGUUGAUCUUAAUGGUGGCACCAAACAGCCUGCAGAUGUUAAUAGCUGACUGUUCUGAUGAAACCAGUUGGCAAGAAUACCAUUCUCAAAGUUUUACAGCAAAUAUAAAGCGACACUCUGAAGGGACUUUCUCCAGUGAUUUAACAAGGUACAUGGACAAAAUCAAGGCAAGAGACUUUGUACAAUGGUUGAUGAGCAAAAAGCGCUUAGCCCCAUAAAUUCAUUAUUUCAUGGAAGCAUUGACCUAAAACCUCUCAAUGGAUUUCUUAUACACAAAUAAUGCCCUAUGUUCUUACCCUUAUCUUUAAAUGUAAAAAAAAUAAAAAAUCAGUGCUGUCAUAAAGGUAUUGAAAUGUUUAUAAUUUGCUCACCAGAAACUGUGUAUUAAAUUCACAUACUAAGAAGGCCACGUGUAGACAAGUUGUGUCCUUUUAAUAAAACAUACAUAAUGGCUUGACAAAUAAUUAAGCCAGCUAGACUGCAGAACUUACAGAAGGUAUUUCAAAAAUCCUCUAGUGAUGAGAAGGUUUUGUUCGUUUCUCUGGGUCUGUGAUUAUUACCUUUAUGUG